AGCGGCAGCACACGACCGGCGGGCCUCCGCAGCGCGCUCCAGCGCCUGGAAGUGCUCUUCCCUUAGCGACUCGCUGGAAACCGGGUGUACGCCUUUGGUUCCGCACGGCCGGGAGCGGGGAGGGACCAUUCUCUUGCUCGGAAAUAGGGCCGGCGCCCUGGCGAGCGGCGCCGGGGGUCAGCCACCCAGGGUUUGAGCCUGGGGUCCCACUGAUAUCCGGGGUGGAGUUGAGAAACGCGAACACCGGAAGGGAUGGGAGGGCCCGUCCUCGCGCAGCACCGCGCCGGAGCGGCCGGAAGGGGGCGGGCGAGCGUUGCACAGGACGCGGGGAAGCCCGAGCGGGUCCGCGCUCACGGGUCCCCUGCCCUGGGGCUGCGAGGCGGCCCGCAGGUUCUGAUGUUCUUAUCAGAGAGCGAUGUCACCAGCACGCCAGCUCGGCUCCGGGGUUCGGGGGUGCCCCGCCGAGCUGCAGCUGCCCCCGAGGAGUCGGGUGGGCGCUGCGAGGGUCCGGGCCCUGCCCCGGCGGUGCCGGAAGCCUGCCCUCUCCCCAACCCGAGCCAAUCACCAGGACGCGGUUUCGAGGAAGAGGAAAAAGAAGUUAUAUUGUUUUGCCAGCAAAAGAGAACGGGACUCCUGGCCCAGAGGCUGUGGUUCUGCCCGUCACAGGAAGGGGUUAGAGGUGAUUCCCAGGCUGCGUGGCCCGGUUCUCUGUUGGAGUUGGAAGUCACGUGUUCACUUGGGAGCCAGUGGUUUCUGAGAACUCCUGGGCCGUCCCCAGGUCUGAAGGGCUUCGUUCCUGUGGGCCCCUCUCCUGCCACAGGGGCUUUCCUGAGGAUGAGCCAGCUUCACCCCUGGGUGAGAUGCCAGCUUCUGUCCGUGGCUGGCGUCAGGGGAGUCCUUGCUGGUGCCUUCUUUGUCCUGGGCUGCUUGGCACUCUCCGAUUUCCAGCAGGAAGGUGACAUCUUGGUGGGUGCCGGGAGGCUGUAUGUCCAGCCAGUGAAGAGGCAUCACUGGGAGCUGGUGUCUCACUGGAGCAGUGCCCAGCCGCACCUGAUCCACAGGCCCACAGUCCCAGAGUCUGUACAAGCUCCCCGGCACCUGCUUUCCAGAAGCUUCACCCUCGGCCUUCCGUCCACUCCAGGCCGUCCCUCCCCUCGCCUCCAGAGACGGAGACGGGCUGCAGGGGGCACCCUGCACCUGGAGCUGCUGGUGGCUGUGGGCCCCGAUGUCCACCAGGCUCACCAGGAGGAUACAGAACGCUACGUACUCACCAACCUCAACAUUGGAUCAGAACUGCUGAGGGACCCGUCCCUGGGGGCUCAGUUCCGUGUGCACCUGGUGAAGCUGAUCAUUCUCACAGAGACCAAGGAUGCUCCCAACAUCACAGCCAACAUCACCUCGUCCCUGUUGAACGUUUGUGAGUGGAGCCAGACCAUCAACCCUGUGGAUGCCACAGACUCUGGGCAUGCCGACCUGGUCCUCUACAUCACCAGGUUCGACUUGGAGUUGCCUGAUGGCAACCGACAAGUUCGGGGGGUCACCCAGCUGGGGGGUGUCUGUUCCCCUUCCUGGAGCUGCCUCAUCACAGAGGACACUGGCUUCGAUUUGGGGGUCACCAUUGCCCAUGAGAUUGGGCACAGCUUUGGCCUUGACCAUGAUGGUGCACCAGGCAGUGAAUGUGAGCCCAGUGGCCAUGUGAUGGCAUCUGAUGGUGUGGUGCCAGUGCAUGGGGGCCUGGAGUGGUCCACGUGCAGCCGCCGGCAGCUGAAGCACCUGCUUAGCAGCUUGGGACGGGUGCCCUGCGCAUGGGACCCACCACAGUCACCAUCUGGAUCCAAGGACCACCUGCUGGAUGCACAGCCAGGCCUCUACUAUGGCGCAGAUGAGCAGUGCCAGGUGGCCUUUGGCCCAGGGGCUUUUGCCUGCACCUUCACCAGGGAGGGCCUGGACAUGUGUCAGGCUCUCUCCUGCCACACAGACCCUCGGGACCAAGGUAGCUGCAGCCGCCGCCUCAUUCCCCUGCUCGAUGGGACAGAAUGUGGUACGGAGAAGUGGUGUUCCAAGGGUCACUGCCGCUCAUUGGCAGAGCUGACCCCCGUGGCAGCAGUGCAUGGACAGUGGUCCAGCUGGGGUCCCCGCAGCCCUUGCUCCCGCUCCUGUGGAGGAGGUGUGGUCACCAGGAGGCGGCGCUGCAGUAACCCCAGACCUGCCUUUGGAGGGCGUGCGUGUGUUGGGGCUGACCUCCAGGCCGAGAUGUGCAACACCCAGGUGGUUGCUGGCUCCUGUGACCAGAGCCUAUCCUCUGCCUCCUCUGACCAGGCCUGUGAGAAGACUCAGCUGGAGUUCAUGUCGGAGCAGUGUGCCCAGACAGAUGGCCAGCCGCUGUACCUCUCUCCAGGCAUACCCUCCUUCUACCACUGGGGUGCCGCAGCACAGUACAGUCAAGGGGAUGCUCUGUGCAGACACAUGUGCUGGGCCAUUGGCAAGAGCUUCAUUGUGAGGCGUGGAGACCGUUUCCAGGAUGGGACUCGGUGUGUGCCGAGCGGCCCUCGGGAGGACGGGGCCCUGAGCCUGUGUGUGUCUGGCAGCUGCAGGACAUUUGGCUGCGAUGGCAGGAUGGACUCCCGGCUGGUGUGGGAUGCAUGUCAUGUGUGUGGAGGGGACAAUAGCACGUGCAGCCCACAAAAGGGCUCCUUCACGGCUGGUAGAGCUCAAGAGUAUGCCACCUUCCUGAUGGUCACACCCAACAUGACCAACGUGCACAUAGUCAACCACAGGCCACUCUUCACGCACCUGGCCAUGAGGAUCCGAGGGCGCUACAUCGUGGCUGGGAAUGGCAGCAUCUCCCCCAGCACCACCUACCCCUCCCUACUGGAGGACAGCCGUGUGGAGUACAGAGUAACCCUCACAGAGGACCAGCUGCCCUACCUGGAGGAAAUCCGCAUCUGGGGACCAGCCCAGGAGGACAUGGAGAUUCAGGUGUAUCAGCGGCACAGCGAGGAGCACGGCCAGCUCACCCGCCCCAACGUCACUUUCACCUACUUCCAGCCUAGGCAGCAGGCAGCCUGGGCGUGGGCCCCCAUGCGCGGGCCCUGCUCGGUGAGCUGUGGGGCAGGACUGCGCUGGGUGUCCUAUGGCUGCCUGGACCAGGCCCGGGGGCAGUGGGUGGAGACUGCCCAGUGCCAAGAAAGCCCCCAGCCUCCCUCAUGGCCAGAGUCCUGCAACCCUGCACCGUGCCCCCCAUACUGGCUGGCUGGAGACUUCGGCCCAUGCAGUGCCUCCUGUGGGGGAGGCCUCCGUGAGCGGCUGGUACACUGUGUGGAGGCACAGGGGGGCCUCCUGAGGACGUUGUCCCCGGCCCAGUGCAGAGCGGUGGCCCAGCAGCCAGCAGUGGAGGUGGAAACCUGCAACUCCCAGCCCUGCCCAGCCAGGUGGAAGGUAUCAGACACUGGCCCCUGCACAGUGGCCUGUGGAACAAGUGUGGCCUUUUGGAAUAUAACACCUGUGCAGGGGUCAGAUGGCCUGCAGGCACCAGCAACUACAGGGCCCUGCUGCACGGAUGAGAGGUCACCUGCUCUCAAGCCCUGUACCAGGAUGGCAUGUCCUCCAGGCUGGAGUCAGCCGGACACCACGUCUCUUGGGGAAGAGGCCCCCUUGCCACUGGGCAGUGCCAGGCUGGAGGCUCAGGCCGCACACACGUGGACUCCCCUGACAGGGCCAUGCUCUGUCUCCUGUGGGCGAGGCCUGAUGGAGCUGCGUUUCCUGUGCAUGGACUCUGCCCUGGGGACACCUGUCCAGGAAGAGCUGUGUGGUGUGGCUGACAAGCCUGGGAGCCGGCAGGAAGUCUGUCGGGCUGGCCCGUGCCCCGCUCGGUGGGAGGCCCGAGCCUUGGCACCAUGCCCAGUGACCUGUGGAGGGGGUCAGGUGCCCCUGGCUGUGCGCUGCAUAAGGUUGGACCACGGCCGCCCUGUCCCUUUGCCCCACUCCAAGUGCUGGCCAGUGCCCCGACCUGGCCCCUUUGAGGACUGCAGCCCAGAACCCUGUCCAGCCAGGUGGAAGGUCACAUCCCUUGGUCCAUGCUCAGCCAGUUGUGGUCUUGGCACUGCUGUCCGCACAGUGGCCUGCAUGCAACUUGAAGGAGGCCAGGACACUGAGGUGGAUGAGGUAUCCUGUGCAGCUCUGGUGCGGCCACAAGCCAGUGUCCCCUGCCUCCUCACUGACUGUACCUACCUGUGGCACGUUGGCACCUGGACAGAGUGCUCUGUCUCCUGUGGGGAUGGCAUCCAGCGCCGGCAUGUCACCUGCCAUGGAGCCCAGGCACCUGUGCCAGCCAGCUUCUGCCAGCACUCACCCAAGCCAGCAACAGUGCGCAGCUGCCAAGCUGGGCCCUGUGAGGAGCACGGGACCUUCCGCUCAGUGCCCCACAAAGAAGCCACUGACCCCAGCCAGACCACAGCUGCUGUUGCUGGUGCUUCUCUGGACUGGCCCCAGGAAAGCCUGGUGGAGUCCAGUGCCUGUGGCAGGCAGCACCUGGAGCCCACAGGAACCAUUGACAUGCGAGGCCCAGGGCAGGCGGACUGUGUGGUGGCCAUCGGGCGGCCCCUGGGUGAGGUGGUAAUACUCCAAGUCCUUGAGAGCACCCUCAACUGCAGUGCAGGAGAGAAGUUGCUGCUUUGGGGCCGGUUCAUGUGGAAGAAGUUGUGUGGGAAGCUGUCUGGCCUGACUUUCAGCUCCAGGACCAACAUUCUGGUGGCUAAGCUGCACCUUGUGUGGCCCGGAAGUGGAGUGCUGCUGGGGUACAGGAGCCAGCCUGCCCCUGGAACUUUCUACAGAGAAUGUGACUUACAGCUCUUUGGACCCCAGGGUGAAAUCGUGAGCCCCCUACUGAGUUCAGAGAUGAUGGGUGUAGGGGGCUGCCGGGUCUUCAUCAGUGUGGCUCCACAGGCCCGGAUUGCUAUCCAUGCUCUGGUCACCCACAUGGACCCUAGAACUAAGGGAACCAACGCCAGCUAUGUCUCAAUUCGGGAUGCCCACAGCCUGAGGACCACAACAUUCCAUGGGCAGCAGGCGCUCUACUGGGAGUCAGAGGGCAGUGAGGCUGAGGUGGAGUUUAGCCAGGGCUUCCUGGAGGCACAUGCCAGCCUGCAGGGUCAGUACUGGACCCUCAAUCCCAGAAUGCCAGAAGAGCCCGGAGCACAGCCAGGCCCUGCCCUAGAUUUCUCUCCAAGCUUUGGAAGGAAAGAGAACCAACCCAACACCUACUGAACACUAGUAGAUGUCUGGGCAACCUGUAGGGUUUAACUCUGGUCUCAGAGUGCCUUCCAACUAGGACUUCCAUCAAUCUUAGGGAUUCUUCUUUGGGGUCUUGGCUUUAGGUGUAGGAGGUGGAGACUCUUUGGGAAAGCAGUUCCCAGCCCUUCAGAUGUCAAUAAAGGAAAUGGGAGGCCUGA